AUGUCUGCUUACCCAGUAGCCUACAAUGGCUCCGCAACCGGAACCGGCGGUAACUCGUUGACUGAGGAUCUUAACGUGUUCUACACUCCUGGCGAUAUCGCCUGGGUUAUCACCUCAUCAGCGCUCGUGCUGCUCAUGAUUCCUGGAGUCGGCUUCUUCUAUUCAGGACUGGCUCGUCGCAAGUCUGCUCUGUCUCUCAUCUGGCUAUCGAUCAUGUCAGUCGGUGUCGUAACCUUCCAAUGGUUCUUCUGGGGUUAUUCCCUUGCAUUCUCUCACACGGCUGGAAAAUAUAUUGGUGACCUGAACAACUUUGGGUUGAAGGGCGUCCUGGCUGCGCCAUCUGUUGGAGGUGACAAGGUGCCAGAUAUUCUCUUCUGUAUUUUCCAGGGGAUGUUCGCAGCUAUUACCGUUGCCCUCGCCGCCGGUGCGAUUGCCGAACGUGGCCGCAUGCUGCCCUGCGUCGUUUUCAUGUUUAUCUGGACUACCAUCAUCUAUGACCCGAUUGCUUGCUGGACAUGGAACCCCUCUGGAUGGGUCUUCAAGCUUGGCGGUUUGGAUUUUGCUGGUGGAACGCCCGUGCAUAUCUCGUCCGGUUGUGCCGCUCUGGCAUACUCUCUGAUGCUGGGCAAGCGUCGCGGACACGGAACCCAUGAGCUCAACUACCGCCCUCACAACGUCACUCACGUCGUCAUCGGCACUGUUUUUCUAUGGGUUGGAUGGUUCGGUUUCAAUGCCGGUUCUGCCCUAGCUGCUAACCUUCGUGCUGUGAUGGCAGCCGUCGUGACCAACCUUGCCGCUUCUGUUGGUGGUGUCACCUGGUGUCUUCUUGACUACCGCCUCGAGCGCAAGUGGUCUACUGUCGGAUUCUGCUCUGGCGUGAUUGCUGGCCUUGUUGCGAUCACCCCCGGAUCUGGUUUUGUCACCCCUUGGGCCGCUUUCAUCUUCGGUGUCGUCGGUGCUGUUGCCUGCAACUAUGCCACCAAGCUCAAGUUCCUUCUUCGUGUUGACGAUGCUUUGGAUAUCUUCGCUGUCCACGCUGUCGGUGGUCUGGUCGGGAACCUUCUUACUGGACUUUUUGCUGCUGACUACAUUGCACAUCUCGACGGCGCUACUGUAAUCGACGGUGGCUGGAUCAACCACCACUAUAUCCAGCUUGGCUACCAGCUUGCUGACUCUGUUUCUGGAGCUGCCUAUUCUUUCUUCGGAACUUGCAUUAUCCUCUUCAUUCUCAACCUCAUCCCAGGCUUGAGCCUCCGUGCCAACGAAGAGGAUGAGAUCAUGGGUAUUGACGAUGCCGAGAUUGGCGAAUUUGCUUAUGACUAUGUUGAAGUCCGCCGUGAUAUUGUCAAUGGCGUGGAAGGCAGUGACGUUGGUUCCAAGCGCACUGUCUCUCCCACCGGAGACCAGUUUGUUAACACCAAGGCAUAA